AUGGCUACAGUUGCGGUCGAUAUUCCCUUCCUCUCUUCCCAUUACUCCAUCCCCGAAGCCUCUCUCAACACGCUGUCGCAAAAUCCGACAGUCGAACUAGUCAACCAGCUCCUGGAAAGCAUCUCCACCAAGGCUCGUGAGGCAGAGGGACUGAAGGCUGAUAAACUAAGGCUGGACGUUGAGCUCGAAAAUGCUGUUCGCAGUGGUGAAUCAAAAGUGAAAGUUCUCAAAAACUCUGUCGAAAAAGGCUUAGCGGAAAUCGCCAGUCUUCGCGGCAAGCUUCAAGAAUCAGAUAAUUCGCGGUCGAGCUUAGAAUCUGAACUCGCAUCUCUGAGGUCGUCUACAAGUGCCAGUGAAACUGAAUUUAGUAGUCUAAAAUCUCGAAUCGAUUCGCUAGAAACUUCAAAUCGCGAUACUCUUGCACUACUAGAAUCCAAAUCCGAUGCGUAUGAUAAGUUAGCGGAUGAUCUUUCAACUCAACAUAAGAAAACAAUCGAAUUACGGCGCGAGGUCGCGACCCUAGAACAAAAGUUGCAGGCUGCGAACUCCGCCGCCUCAAGUACACGGUUCCGCGAACAAAGCCUACAACAAGAGCUGGAACUUCUGAAAAAAAAUAAUGAAUGGUUCGAGAAUGAGCUGAAAACUAAAUCCGGGGAGUAUCUGAAGUUCCGGAAGGAAAAGAGCGCUCGCAUUUCUGAGCUGCAACGGCUAAACGAGGAUGCCAACUCCAAUAUUGAUACCUUAAGACGGAGCGAAAACAAUCUCAAAUCCCGUCUGGAUGAGGUUGAGCAGAAGUACGAAGACUCACUCUCCACCAUUCAACAGCUCAAGGAAGAAGCCAUUCAGGCCACAGAAUCUUUCCGAAUCGAACUUGACAGCUCAAGUAGGCUAGCACAAUUGCAACAGACAUCCGCCGAGACUGCCAAGCGACGUGUAAAAGAAUGCCAAUUGGCGUUAGAAAAGAUGAGAGAUGAUGCCGCAGAAGAGAUCUCUAGGUUACGAGCUGAGAUUGAAACUGAGCAUUCUGACAAGGAGGCCGCAGAACGUCGUGUUGCCGAGCUUGAACUUAAUGUCAGGGAGCUACAGUCCGAAAUUUCUGCUGCGCGACACCAGCCAAUGAGCCCGGGACUGGGGGUUAAUGGAGCCGGACUUUCCACACCCCUCAGGCCAGGCACCCCAGUUGGUGCAUUCUCACCUAGGACAUCGCGUACCAAAGGCAGUUUAACCCUGACACAAAUGUAUAGCGAGUAUGAUAAAAUGCGAACGCUUCUCGCUGCCGAGCAGCGGAACAAUCAGGAGUUGAAAGCGACUAUGGAUGAAAUGGUGCAGGACCUUGAGUCAAGCAAACCUGAAAUUGAUGAGCUUCGCGCGGAUCAUUCACGGUUGGAGGCCGCUGUCGUAGAAAUGUCGAACAUAUUGGACACGGCUGGGAAAGAAAGAGAUGAUGCAACGAGGGAAGCUCGCAAAUGGCAGGGACAGGUGGAAGGAUUGGAACGCGAAGGACAGAUAUUGAGACAGCAGUUGAGGGAUUUGAGUUGUCAGGUUAAGGUCUUGGUUAUGGAAGUACAUUUACUUGGAUCGGGCGAAAAGGGUUAUGGCAGGGCAGAGCUAGAGAAGAUUGCCCAGGGUGAAAUGGACGAUUCAUCACAGGACUUGAAUGAAACUGGCCGUUUUAUCACUCUCCACUUAACGACAUUCAAAAAUGUGAACGAACUCCAACAGCAAAAUGUCACGCUACGGAGGAUGCUCCGGGAUCUUGGUGAUAAAAUGGAGGGAGAGGAGGCUCGUCGGAAGAGUGAAUCUUACCAGAAGGAUCAAGAGGAACUAAAGGAGUUACGUGUUAGGGUACAAACAUAUAGGGAUGAAAUGGCAAACCUUAUCGCCCAAACAAAGAGUUACAUCAAAGAAAGAGACACGUUCCGCAGCAUGCUUACACGUCGCCGAGAAACAGGAGAAUCUACGAAUCCCUUCUCACAGUCUCUGCCUUUGGGCACAGCCGCCCCGAUUGCUGCUGGUGAUGCCGUCGCGCAAUCCCAAGAAAAUCCAGACUAUACGGAACUUUUACGAAAAUUGCAAGCUAACUUUGAUUCAUUCCGGCAAGAAACAGCAACGGACCAUUCCUCUCUGAAACAGCAAGUCAACGAUCUUACGAGGAAAAAUAGUGAGUUACAAAGUGAAAUCAGUCGUUCGAAUAGCCAAUUGGCCGCUGCUGUGCAACGCGCCGAGCUUCUUCAGUCCAACUUCAAUUUACUUAAGGGAGAAAAUGUUGAGCUUCAGAAACGGCACGCUAUUCUGAUGGAAAAUGCGAACAAACAAGACUUAAGGACUCAACAAGUUGCAGAGGACCUGGUGGAAGCAAGGGGACUUGUUGAUAGUCAGCGACGAGAAACGGAAAACCUAAAAGCGGAGAAGGAGCUCUGGAAAAAAAUUGAGAAGCGAUUGAUGGAGGACAAUGAGUCCCUGCUCAACGAACGUGCUCGUCUCGACUCUCUUAAUGCCAACCUCCAAUCCAUGUUGAAUGAACGGGAGCACUUAGAAUCGGAAAGUCGCCGACGCCUUCAGUCAACCGUUGAGAAUUUAGAAUCCGAAUUACAAACUACCAAGCGAAAACUCAACGAGGAAAUGGAGGAAGCUAAGAAAUCAACGCUACGGAGGGAGUACGAAAAUAGCCAAAAUCAAAAGAGAAUUGACGAUUUGAUUACCAGCCUUAGCGCAGUCCGUGAGGAUCUCAUCAACACAAAAUCCACUCGUGACCAUUUGCAGUCAAGAGUUGACGAGCUAUCGGUUGAGCUUAAGAGUGCGGAAGAAAGAUUGGAAGUUUUGCAACGAAAACCUAUCGUCGCGACUGCCGCUGCUCCUCCCGCUCCUCCCGAUACCGAACCCAACGCAGCCGUGGAUGAGGGUGGGCUAAGUCGAGAGCAAGAGUUGGCCUUUGAAGUUUCCGAAUUAAAGCGGGAUCUUGAGUUGGCAAAAUCUGAACUCGAACACGCGAAGGAACAGGUGGAGGAUUAUAAGGCCAUCAGCCAAUCCACUGAGGAGCGUCUCCAGUCCGUUACUGAUACAAAUGAACAAUACCAAGAAGAUACUAAUCGCUUGCUUGAAGAGAAAGAUGGGAAAAUAUCCGAACUGCAAAAGCGUGUCGAAGAAAUUACAUCAGAACUUGCUAUGACUAAUGAUGAAUUAUCGAAACUUCGUGACCAGGAAGCUGACUCCCAACGCCGGUUUGACGACCAAAAGUCAAUGCUGGAGGCCGAAAUUUCUAGGCUCAAGGAGCAAGACGAGCGAUACGCUGCAGCCGCUCAGUACCAUCAACAAGACCUUAAAGCACAAGCAGAAAUUGCCCAGCAUGCUCAACAAAAUUACGAAAAUGAGCUUGUGAAACAUGCCGAAGCAGCCAAAAAUCUCCAGAUGGUUAGAGCAGAAGCUAGUGAGCUUAAACUUGAGGUAGUCGACUUAAGAACCCAAGCCGAAUCCGCCAAAAACAACCUUCUAAGAGAGGAGGAAAACUGGAAUGAAAUGAAGGGUAGAUACGAAAGAGAAAUAACGGAGCUUAAUAGACGUCGCGAGGAGGUCGCAAAUCAAAAUACUCUGCUUCAUCAGCAGCUUGAAAACAUUACCCGGCAAAUUUCAACUCUCCAGCGCGAUAAGGAGAGUAUGCCAGAAGAAGCCGAUGAGACUGGGUCGUCCUCAUCUAGCCUAGAAGGACUACAGGAGGUUAUCAAAUUCCUGAGAAGGGAAAAAGAAAUUGUUGAUGUUCAAUAUCAUUUGUCAACGCAGGAGGCCAAACGCCUCCGCCAGCAACUCGACUACGCACAAUCUCAACUUGAUGAUACCCGUCUUAAGCUUGAACAACAGCGUCGCGCGGAAGCUGAUUCUGAACAUAAUAUGUUGAACCACAAAAAGCUAAUGGAUACCCUCAAUGAACUAAAUCUCUUCCGGGAGAGUAGUGUCACCCUCAGGAAUCAAGCAAAACAAGCGGAAGCUGCUCUAGCAGAGAAGUCUGCUCGUGUAGAAGAACUAACUCAACGCAUUGGUCCACUAGAAACUCGUAUCCGCGAAUUAGAAAACAUUGUGGAAACGAAGGACGGAGAGUUUAAACUGCUACAGGAAGAUAGGGACAGAUGGCAGCAACGGACUCAAAAUAUUCUGCAAAAAUAUGAUCGUGUUGAUCCUGUGGAAAUGGAGGCGCUCAAGGAGAAGCUUGUUGCAUUAGAAAAGGAGCGUAACGAAGCUGUUUCCGCUAGAGAUGAACAUCAGGCGCAGGUAACAUCAUUGUCAACCCAGGUCAAGCAGGGAGAGGAACGAAUUCAAACCAUGCGCUCAACCCUCACAGACCAAUUUAAAGCGAGAUCGAAGGAGCUAUCUUCUCGAAUUCAAGCCAAGCAAGUGGAGUUAAAUACAGCAAUUCAGGAAAAGGAAGUUAUCCAACUCGAAUUGGACCGCACAAAGGAAGACCUCAAUGCCCUAAAGGCGAAGUUACCAACAGAUGAUGGGGUACCCGCUCCUGUCCCCGCUCCCGUCGCCGUAAGCCAAAACGUAACGGAUGCGCAACAGCCGCCUGCUCCGCAGCCAACAAUGCCCCCAACGAAUGAUUUUGCCAAUGUUGAGAAAAUUAAAGCCCUUGAAGAAAAAAUCCAAAGACUAGAGGCUGCGCUUGCUGAAAAGGAAGCGACAAUUGAUCACAAGGUCAAGGAGCGGGUUGAUAAAAUGAAGGAGACGCUAAAUAACAAACUUGCUGAGUACAAAACACUUCACAAAGAAGAAGUUGAAAAGCUGAAAGCGAGCCACCAACAAGAACUAGAAUCUGCGGUUUCAUCGGCUACUAAACCAGACGGCGUUCCUGAACUUACUGAUGCUCAGGCAAGGGAGCUUGUUGCUAAAAACGAGACGAUCAGGGCUAUCGUUCGAAACAACAUCAAGAAUGCGGUCACAAAAGAAAGAGCGGCCAUGGCGAACAAAGAAGCCCAGAUUGCAGCUACACCAGAUGCAGACGCCAUUAAGGAGCUGGAGAAAAAGUUCAGUGAAGAGAGGGAUGCAAUUAUUAAAGAACGAGACCAGAAGAUUGGCUCUGCUGUUGAGCUGGCAGAGAAAAAGUUGUUGGCGAAACUUAGCAUGACGGAGGGACGCGCGAGAAAUGCGCAGGCAAAACUUGAAGUCCUGCAGAAGGCCGCCGUUGAAACGCCACAAAGACCUGUUGUUGAAGUUUGGGAGAUUGCUAAGGUUACGCGACCAGCGCCGGUAGCUGUGGCAGCCCAACCACCAACUGUUCAAAUCCAACCGCAACAAAUCCAAUCACCAGCUCUAAAAUCAACACGAACCGAAUCUCCGGCUCACCCUCCAAGCCCGACCCCACAGACACCAACUACUCAUUCGCAAACGCAGAUACAACCUCAACUAGCUCAACCACAACCGUCUCCAUCUCCUGCCCCUGCUCAACGGGCACCUACUGUUGGAAGCCCGAAACCCACGCAGGUGGCUCCUGCACAAGCCUCUCAACAGCAGCAGCAGCCAGCACAGCAGCAUCAGCCCGUACAGCAGCCGGAACAGCAGCCGGAACAGCAGCAACAACAACAUUCGCAGCCAGGUACAUCUAAUCAACCAUCUCCCGCUCAACAACUCAACCAGUCCCAGGCUACGUCGUCUCUCCCUAACAGGCCUCCGCAGAGCAAUCAUCAUCCAGCAAUUGGCACUGGUCCGGGCGUACUUCGUGCUCUCCAAUCUGGGUUACCAAUUGCUCGAGGUGGUAGAGGACGAGGAGGGCCAUCCAGCCAACCACAUAAUCCGUUCGGCCCUCAAGCUACCCAGCAGCAAGGUAAAGGUCAACCACUUCAACAGCAACAGGCCAUAGGUCGAGGCUCUGGUUUACCCCGUGGCGGCGCUCGGGGCCGCGGUGCUCAGGGUCGUGGUGGCGCUCAAAAUGUUCAGACCAGCAAUCUACCCCAGGGACAAAGCCAACCCAGUCCCAGAGAAGGCCGUGGUGCAUUCAAUGCCCAAGCUCGUCAGUUCAUUCCCCAGGGCAACAAGCGAGCCAGAGAUGAUGGUGGGGAAGGUAGUGAUAGCGGAAGCGGGAAGAGAAUUCGCGGAGGCGGUGCCGGAUCCUAA